CUGGUCCCCACUGCCCUCUCCCAUCCCACAGAGACAGAGCGCCUCCUGACCCCCAGCCCUGGGUAUGGGACCCGGGCGGAGGCUUCUCCGGCCCCUACCACCCCUCCGGAAGAGGAGGACCUCCGCCGCCGUCUCAAGUACUUUUUCAUGAGUCCUUGUGACAAAUUUCGGGCCAAGGGCCGUAAGCCCUUCAAGCUCAUGCUGCAAGUGGUGAAGAUCUUGGUGGUCACUGUGCAGCUCAUCCUGUUUGGACUCAGCAACCAGCUGGCAGUGACCUUCCGGGAGGAGAACACCAUUGCCUUCCGGCACCUCUUCCUGCUGGGCUACUCGGACGGGGUGGACGAUACCUUUGCAGCCUACACGCGGGAGCAGCUCUACCAGGCCAUCUUCCAUGCCGUGAACCAGUACCUGAUGCUCCCCGAUGUGUCACUGGGCCAGUACGCCUAUGUGCGGGGCGGGGGCGGCCCCUGGGCCAACGGCUCAGCCCUGGCCCUCUGCCAGCGGUACUACCGCUGGGGCCACGUGGACCCAGCCAAUGACACCUUUGACAUCGACCCGAUGGUCAUCACUGACUGUAUCCGGGUGGACCCCCCUGAGAGACCCCCUGUGCCCCCCAGUGAUGAUCUCUCCCACUCGGAUGGCAUCACCAGUUACAAGAACCUCACGCUCAAAUUCCACAAGCUGAUCAACGUCACCAUCCACUUCCAGCUAAAGACCAUUAACCUCCAGAGCCUGAUCAACAAUGAAAUCCCAGACUGCUACACCUUCAGCAUCCUGAUCACAUUUGACAAUAAGGCACACAGUGGGCGUAUCCCCAUCAGCCUGGAGACCCAGGCCCACAUCCAGGAGUGUAAGCACCCCAGCGUCUUUGGCCACGGAGACAACAGCUUCCGGCUCCUGUUUGACGUGGUGGUGAUCCUCACCUGCGCCUUCUCCUUCCUGCUCUGUGCCCGUUCGCUGCUCCGAGGGUUCCUGCUGCAGAACGAGUUUGUCAGGUUCAUGAGGCGGCAGCGGGGCCGGGUCAUCAGCCUGUGGGAGCGGCUGGAGUUUGUCAAUGGCUGGUACAUCCUGCUGGUCACCAGCGAUGUGCUCACCAUCUCCGGCACCAUCAUGAAGAUUGGCAUCGAAGCCAAGAACCUCGCAAGCUACGACGUCUGCAGCAUCCUCCUGGGCACCUCAACGCUGCUCGUCUGGGUCGGCGUCAUCCGCUACCUGACCUUCUUCCAUAAGUACAAUAUCCUCAUUGCCACACUGCGAGUGGCCCUGCCCAGCGUCAUGCGCUUCUGCUGCUGCGUGGCUGUCAUCUACCUGGGCUAUUGCUUCUGUGGCUGGAUCGUGUUAGGUCCCUACCACGUGAAGUUCCGCUCGCUGUCCAUGGUGUCAGAGUGCCUGUUCUCGCUUAUCAACGGGGAUGACAUGUUUGUGACCUUCGCGGCGAUGCAGGCGCAGCAGGGCCGCAGCAGCCUGGUCUGGCUGUUCUCCCAGCUCUACCUGUACUCCUUCAUCAGCCUCUUCAUCUACAUGGUGCUCAGCCUCUUCAUCGCGCUUAUCACCGGGGCCUACGACACCAUCAAGCACCCGGGCGGAGCGGGCGCCGAGGAGAGCGAGCUCCAGGCCUACAUCGCGCAGUGCCAGGACAGCCCCACCUCGGGCAAAUUCCGCCGCGGGAGCGGCUCCGCCUGCAGCCUCCUCUGCUGCUGCGGCAGGGACGCCUCGGAGGAGGAUUCGCUGCUAGUGAAUUGACUCGGACCUGGAUAGCCACCGGACGUCAGCCUCCGGACUACGGAGACCCAUGCUUAUUUAUUUUUAGGGUUUGCUUUGAAAGACCGGCUCCCUGCUGCGCCCUGUGCGGGCCUGGGCCAGUCGGGUUGGACACGAGUGGGACAGGGGUAGGGUGGGUGUUAAAUAA